UGAACGUGUAUACAACACCAGCAGGAUAUGGUCCGUAUAUUACAAAAGCUGCUUCACUCUCCUCGUGAACAUUUCUUUAUUUAUUACAACAGUGUGAAUCCCAUCGUGGUGGCGGCCGGUCAGGUUUUUUUUUUCAAACACAAUAAUUGGUGAAUGAAAUCAUUUAUGUCAGUGUGUCCGAGUGUGGUGUUGGAUACCGAUGUCAUCUCACCAGCGCUGCAUCUCACCACUUCUGGUCUUUUAAUUUGUCUAAUGUCUUAGUCUGUCUGUGGGAUAUAUAUAAGUGACGUUGCAUGCCCGUGGAUGUAUUUAUUAUCGCUGCACACGCGAGGGGCUGUUUGUCCAAACAAGCCCAGUCCUGCCACGGUUAGUAUCACAAUUCUCGUGGUCGCCAGGUGAGACGUUCAAACGUGUGUUAUCGCCAUAGCAACCCAACCUCCUGGAGGAGCGAUCUCCCAAGGUAGUUUCUGUAAUCUGCACUACCAAAUUUGGCAAGCCUCAAGAAUAUAACGGAGAGAAGAAGAAGAAAAAAAAAGCAGGAACCUUUCACAGAUGACAGACUUUCUCACAAGUGUAUUCGUGUAAUAAAGAAAGAGAAAGGGGGUGAAGGAAAAGAAGAAGAAAGAAAAAAACGUCCCACCAUCUUGGCAGUUUUGUCUAUAUAAGGAAGACGGGAUGGAGGAUCUUGUUUAGUUUUGACGAUGACGGAAGCUACUGUUGAGUGACAAUUGUGUUUCUGGCUUGAUUGUCAUUUAUCGUGGCAUCUUUAGUUUUCUGCCUUGCUGGUGGUCAUGAUGUGGCUUUUAUUUGAGAAGCUGGGUAGAUCAUCAGUCCAUAACAACCAUCAUCACUGUUGUAGAUGUUGCAUUGACAGAAUUUGAAAUACCGAGGGGGGAUCAAGGUAGCAAAAGAGAGAGAGAGAGAACGAGAGUGCGUGCCGUUCGUUCGGUAGCCGGCGGCCAUGUUGACCAAGGAAUAUCGCAUCCCCUUGCCACUGAGCGUGGAGGAAUAUAGGAUAGCCCAGCUCUACAUGAUUCAGAAAAAGAGCAGGCAAGAGAGCAGUGGUGCAGGGAGUGGAGUGGAGAUUCUGAUCAACAGACCGUAUGAAGAUGGCCCUGGAGGAACGGGUCAAUAUACCCACAAAGUGUAUCAUAUUGGAAGCCACUUACCAGGAUGGUUCCGUGCAAUAUUACCUAAGACCGCCCUGAGAGUGGAGGAGGAAUCUUGGAACGCCUACCCCUACACCAAGACUCGUUACACCUGCCCCUUCGUGGAGAAGUUCUCCGUGGAAGUUGAGACAAAGUACUUCCCUGAUGCUGGCCAUCAGGAAAACGUCUUCAACUUGCCGUCAGCCGAGUCUAAAAGUAGAUUAAUAGAAUUUAUCGACAUGGUCAAAGACCCUAUUUCAAGCAGCGAUUACAAAAAGGACGAGGACCCCAAAAUAUACAUUUCUAAGAAGACGGGCCGAGGCCCUCUGACCAACGACUGGAUUACAAUGGACACCGACGGCCGACUGGUCCCCAUCGGAGGUUGCACAAACAUAAUGUGCGCUUACAAGCUGUGCCGAGUGGAGUUUAGAUACUGGGGAAUGCAAAGUAGGAUAGAAAAAUUCAUUCACGAUGUAGCCUUGAACAAAACUAUGCUGCACGCUCACCGCCAGGCAUGGUGCUGGCAGGAUGAGUGGGUAGACCUGACCAUCGACGACAUCCGACAGCUAGAGAAGGAAGCGGCCAAGGAGCUCAUGGAGAAAAUGGCCGACGCCCACAUGGAGGAGGACCGCGACUUUGCCACGACCAAGAACAACGAGAUCCGGGGGCUGGAGUACCAGGACACGCCCAAUCUGUCGCGUUCGCUGGCCUCGACCAUGGCCGGGAACCGGCUCAGGGAAGCGCAGAUGGACUCGGUGUGCAGCGAUUUCAUGACGGAAGACGUGCCGAGUAGUUUAGAAGAGACAGAGAAUGCUGUGGGGACGAUGAAUUUGAGCAACCGGAGGUUAUCCAAGAAACUAUCCAUCGAGAGCAGAGGAUCAAAUAAUAACAGUGAGAUGUUUGCACAGUGGCGAAUGAACAGCAUACAGCAGGAUUCCGAUAGCUCCGAAGAUGAAUUCUUCGAUGCCCAGGAUAUGACAGAAGAGGAGCCGAGGGCACUCUCCCAAUGGAGCUCAUUAGAAGCCCUCAACCACGCAGUACUAGCAGAAGGGGACUCGAUUCCUCAACCGCCUCUCUCUGCCCCGGCAACCACAACCCCUCUUAUCAGUGACGUCAGCGUUCUCAUUCUUAUCCUGCAUGGUGGUAACAUACUGGAUGGCAUGCAGGAGUUAGGGGCCAAGACCAGUGACGUUAAUACCUUCAAAAUAGCCUUCGAUGCUGUGGUGAGGGCGCACUUCCCCAUCGCGCUGGGGAGGACAGUGAUUAGACUGGUGCCGUGCCCCUCGACGUGUUUUGAAGCCAUGGCACUUAUGACAAGCCUUAGUCCGUACGGCAACGACAUCUCCCCCGAAAUCAAACCGCCUUCCAGCAAUGGUGAAUUCAUACCACUGGGGGCGCUUCCAAUACUCGCAGCAUCGUCCCCAGAUUAUCCUGAUCUGGUUUCGAUGACUAUCAACAACAUGAACAAGGUGUACACAGAGUUUCUCAGGUCAGAGGCUGGCCACGGCUUUGAUGGACAGGUUUGUGUUGUUGCUGAUUGUAUGGGAGCCAUCCUCGGCUACGACGCACUGUGCCGCGGCGGCACCGUCUGUAACAGCAACACCAGCAGCCCCGCCAACCUCUCCGACGCCCUCUCCUCCCCGUCAAGCUCUGUGGAAACCUACCACCCUCAGCCUCCACACAGAUGUGCCUCAAGCUCCAGGUGCAUGGAGCGUCUCGGCUCUGAGAGCCUGGACUCCUCCUCCAAGCGUCUCAGCCUGAGUAGCAGCGACCUGCAGGCCAUGCAGGAUGACGUGGUGGUACGCAGCCGCAGUGAGACCACGCCGUCGCCCAGCCAGGCGGAGCGACUCAAACAAUUCUCCAGCCAUGUGUUCUUCAACAAGGAGGUGUCGCUGACCAAUGAGCCGAUGUCGGCCAUGGGUCAGGCGUCUGGAUACGACUGGCGAAGGACAAGCUCUUGUAGCCAGGCGAGCAGCAUGAUAUCGGACUAUAUACACGCCCCGGCUAGCCGGCUGGAUUUUGAAGUGAUGCAGUUUUUCACUUUUGGAUCGCCACUUGGGAUUGUCCUUGCUCACAGAAAACUUUUACUGGAUGGUAAAGCGGUAUCACCGCCCAAACCAGCCUGCCGUCAGUUCUUCAACUUGUUCCAUCGGACGGACCCGUCAGCAUCGAGGAUAGAGCCUCUUCUCAACCACAAGUUUGCUCUCUUACCACCGUCGGCCAUAGAAAGGUACCAGAAGUACCCCCUCGGUGACGGCCACUCUAACGCCCUCGUCGACACCAUAGCCUCCAAUACCAUCUUAUUCCUGGAGGCUCAGUCAGCCUGUGCGGCAAGUAACUUCACCCCGAGUCAUCGGAGAUUGCCGAGCUCCGCCAGUACUUGCAGCGAGAUUGUGGACGAGGAGACGUGCGGGAUGUCCCCUGCUCUUACAAAUGUCGUACAGUCCAUCGGUGUUAAGUGGUGGGGUGCCAGUCGGCUUGACUACGCCCUCUACUGUCCCGAGGCACUCCAGGCAUUCCCAACCGGUGCCCUGCCCCAUCUAUUCCACACCAGCUACUGGGAGAGUACCGACGUGGUGGCGUUUAUUCUCCGACAGAUUUUCAAGAAUGACUGCGUUAGUGUACACACAGGAGAUGGUACUUCUACUACAUCAUUCGUUCCUACAAAUCCCAGGGAGAAAUGGCAGCGCAAGAGAACGAGUGUCAAAAUGAAGCAAAAUGUGAAUCCCAAUCACAGAUGUACAGACACGGUUUGUCUAGAGGGAGCACCCCAGAUGAUACCGGGCAGAUUCAUGUACAGCUCCUUGGACAUGGUGACAUUAACAGGAGAAAAGGUGGACAUCCACAUUGUCACCCAGCCCCCGUCUGGAGAGUGGGUUCACUUUGCAACUGAAAUCACCAACGGCCACGGCCGUCUCACUUACACCAUUCCAGAGACUCGUAGACUCAGCCAGGGUAUCUACCCAGUCAAGAUGGUUGUCAGAGGGGACCACACAUCAGCCGAGGGCUAUCUAGCCAUAGUGCCACCUAAAUGUGAAUGUGUAGUCUUCAGCAUUGAUGGUUCCUUUACUGCCAGUGUGUCCAUCAUGGGGAGGGAUCCCAAGGUCAGAGCAGGGGCUGUGGAUGUAGUCAGACAUUGGCAAGAUUUGAACUACCUAAUCAUCUACAUCACAGCCCGGCCUAGCAUGCAGAAACAGAAGGUAGUAGCGUGGCUGGCCCAGCAUAACUUCCCUCACGGCAUAGUGUACUUCAUCGAUGGUUUAUCCACGGACCCACUCAGACAAAAGGCCAACUAUCUUAGGAGCUUGACGGAACAGGCCAAGAUGGUAAUCCAUGCAGCGUAUGGUUCCAGUAAGGACAUCUGGGUGUACUCCACGGUCGGUUUACAACCCUCCCAGAUCUACAUCGUCGGGAAGGUCUCCAAAAAAUACCAAAGUCAUGCCCAGAGUACACGACAAAGGCACAGCCUAGGUGACAUAGCAGAAAAGGAGGCAACGAAUUAUUUGAAUGUCGGUGAACAGUAUGGUCUCGGUGAUGUCCGAGAUGUGGACUGCAUGAUCUUAAGCGGAGGUUACUCAGCGCAUCUGGACACUCUCGCCAGGCAGUCCCGUCCGGCCGUCGGAAACUCCCGUCUGAUCCUGCGCAAAGGUUGCUUUAGUCUACCGGGCCAGUCCCGUAUCCAACGCAGCGGCAAGCAGACUGCGUCGAGAACCAUGUCGUACGGGGGCAGCGGGAUACGCCAGGGCGUGACUGGGGGAAGCUUCCGAAGCAGCAGUACGUCGGGAAACUCCAAGGCGGCCAACCCAUGCUUCUCGGGAGGCAGCUUCAAAAUGAACAAGCCUCAGUCCAGCGUCAAGUUUGAGAUAUGAGGGAAGUUUUUUUUUUUUUAAUGGAAACACGGCUCGACAAGAGUCGCAUGUAUUUUCCAGGAA